UACGUAUCCCAGACUUUCUUGGACUGGGUUCGUUGGGUGGGACUGGGCUUGCAUGCCCGACAGCCCGAUCUCGGAUUGUGCGUGUAAUUGAAUUAUAACAUGAUAUCAACAAGAUAUGUAUCAUUCCUAUCAGGGAUAAUAAUAGCUUCUCUAACAUGGGCAUUCAGCCUGUAUCUUUAUUCAAGACUGUCACAAAAUGUCAUCACCACCAGUCCCACAAUAUUAAUUCCUAUCGUUUCCAAACAUGGAGAAAGUAUUGACAAAGAUAUUAUGCUGCGUGACAAUGUUAUCAUUGCACACAAUGAGAAACAAAUAUUAGCUGGUAAGGAAGCGUAUAACUUAAAGAGCAAUAAGAACUUCAGGAAAAAUGACCUGAUCUUGCAGCAACUUCAGGCUGUUCCAGUAAAACCUGCAGUCACUUUGGAGCAAGGUUUAGAUGAAUUAGGCAUGGUGAAAAAUUUGGAGGAUCAACGGAAGAGGGACGAGGGUUAUAAGGAGUAUGCCUUUAAUAUUUUGAUAUCAGACAAUCUUGGCGUGCAAAGAAAUAUACCAGAUACGAGACACAAGCUGUGCAAGAUGCAAAAAUAUCCUGUCAAUUUACCAAAUGCUAGUAUAAUUAUUUGUUUUUACAAUGAGCAUUAUACAACCCUAUUGAGAUCUUUGCAUUCUGUGCUUGAAAAAACGCCAACAGCACUUCUACAUGAGAUUAUCUUGGUGAAUGAUUAUAGCGACAACGAUAUAUUGCAUGAGAAGAUAGAAGUAUAUAUUAGAAACAAUUUCGAUGACAGAAUACGAUUAUUCAAGACUGAAAGAAGAGAAGGUUUGAUCAGAGCACGGGUGUUUGGAGCUAGAAAAGCAACUGGCAAAGUUUUGAUCUUUUUGGACAGUCACAUAGAAGUAAAUGAAAUGUGGAUUGAGCCACUUCUUUCAAGGAUUGCUUAUUCGAGAAAUAUCGUACCGAUGCCAGUGAUUGAUAUUAUAAAUGCAGAUACAUUUCAGUAUACCGGGAGUCCAUUAGUGAGAGGUGGUUUUAAUUGGGGUCUUCACUUUAAGUGGGAUAAUUUACCAAUUGGAACAUUAAAUCAUGACGUUGAUUUUGUAAAGCCCAUCAAAUCCCCAACUAUGGCUGGUGGAUUGUUUGCUAUUGAUAGAGAAUAUUUUACAAAGAUGGGAGAAUAUGACAUCGGUAUGGACAUUUGGGGUGGAGAGAAUCUUGAAAUAUCAUUUCGAAUAUGGAUGUGUGGUGGUAGUAUCGAGCUUAUUCCCUGUUCACGAGUGGGUCACGUAUUUAGAAGACGACGGCCGUAUGGUUCGGAUGAUCCACAAGACACCAUGUUAAAAAAUUCCUUGCGAGUUGCGCAUGUAUGGAUGGACGAAUAUAAAGAUUACUUCCUGAAAAAUGCUAAAACAAUUGAUUACGGCGAUAUCUCAGAGCGAUUAGCGUUGAGACAGAAAUUAAAAUGUAAAACAUUCGGUUGGUAUUUGAAGGUAGUUUAUCCUGAAUUAACAUUGCCAGAUGAUACAGAAAGGAGGCUCAAAGAUAAAUGGGCCAAACUUGAUCAAAGACCAAUGCAACCUUGGCAUUCGAGGAAGAGAAAUUAUACCGAUCAAUAUCAAAUCAGACUUUCAAAUACCGCGCUUUGUAUCCAGAGUGAAAAAGAUAUUAAAACUAAAGGUUCCAAACUUAUCUUGAUGCCGUGUUUAAGAAUUAAAUCACAGAUGUGGUAUGAGACCGAUAAAAAUGAACUGGUACUUGGCCAGAUGCUUUGCAUGGAAGGAGCUGAGAAAAUUCCAAAACUUGGAAAGUGUCAUGAAAUGGGAGGAAGUCAAGAUUGGCGUCAUAAGCGUAUUAAUGCUACACCUAUCUACAAUAUGGCAACAGGAACUUGCUUAGGAGUGAUGCGCGAUGUAAGAAAUACUCCACUCAUCAUGGAUUUAUGCACGAGAUCGAAUGCUUCAUUGAUAACAUGGGAUCUCAUUCGGUCAAAGAUUUUAGCCAAAGAAAUCAGAUGACAUAGGAAGAAAGGUCGUAAAAAUAGGAAAAAGAAUUCCGAAGACUGGCUCGGUCGAGAAUGGUAGAUCCUUUGAUGAAUUGUAUAUAUUCAGUACAUGAUUGCAAUUAGAAGUAGAAUACUCUUUACAUGCGUCGAAUUUUUAAAUAAUUCUGCCUAAAUAGUAUCAAAUAGUAUGAAAUUAAUUAAG